AUGCCCGUCCAUCACCUCAUGGUCGGCACGUGGACGCCUCCCGGCGCAAUCUUCACUUUCGCAUUCGACGACGAGGCCCUGACGCUCAAGCUCAUUGCGCGCACCGAGCUUGCCCAGGACGAGCCCAUCUCGUGGAUGGCCUUUGACCAUGAAAAGAAAGCCAUCUACGGCGCCGCCAUGAAGAAGUGGUCCAGCUUCAAGGUCAAUUCUCCCACCGACAUUGUCCACCAAGCGUCUCAUCCCAUGCUUCACCACCCCCUCGCCGCAUCCUCCGAAACAAACACCCGCGCCAUCUUCCUCCUCCCCGCCCGCAAGCCCCCCUACGCAGUCUACUGCAACCCCUUUUACAAGCACGCCGGCCACGGCUCCGUCUUCACCACCGACCCCAGCUCCGGCGCCCUCGCGACAAACAUCCAAAACUACGAGUACCAGCCAAACAGCGGCAUCCACGGCAUGGUCUUCGACCCGGCCGAGACGCAUCUCUACUCCGCCGACCUCGCCGCCAACAAGCUCUGGGUCCACAAGAAGCUCGACGCCUCGUCCCCCGAGCUCCAGCUCGUCGGCUCCGUCGACUGCCCCGACCCGCGCGACCACCCGCGCUGGGUCGCCAUCCACCCCUCGGGAUCCUACCUCUACGCCCUCAUGGAAAAGGGCAACCGCAUCUGCGAGUACCUCAUCGAUCCCCAAACCCACAUGCCCGUCUUCACCCACCGCCACUACCCCCUCGUCCCCCCCGGCAUCCCCGACCGCUGGACCCAGUACCGCGCCGACGUCUGCGCCCUCUCCCACUCGGGCAAGUAUCUCUUCGCCUCGUCCCGCGCAAACAGCUUCGACCUGACGGGCUACGUCGCCGCCUUCAAGCUGUCCGACACCGGCGCCAUCGAGCGCCAGAUUUGUCUGAAUCCCACGCCCACCAGCGGCGGACACAGCAACGCCGUUGCGCCCAGCGACUGGUCCGACGAGUGGGUGGCCAUUACCGACGACCAAGAGGGGUGGCUGGAGAUUUACCGCUGGCAGGACGAGUUUCUGGCGCGCGUGGCGAGGGUGCGUGUCCCGGAGCCGGGAUUCGGCAUGAAUGCUAUUUGGUACGAUUAG